GCUCGGCUCCUCACUUCCAACAAUGGCGGCUCCGACCCCGAGCGGCGGCGGCGGCGGCGGCUCCGGGGGCGGUGGCGGCACCCCGGGCCCCAUUGGGCCUCCCGCCCCCGGCCACCCGGCCGUCAGCAGCAUGCAGGGCUUUCAGAUAAACUUCUGUGAAAAGGCACAAAGUAAACGCAAAGCACUGAAGUUGAAUUUUGCCAAUCCACCUGUCAAAUCGACAGCACGGUUUACUCUCCAUCCUAACACUACAGGAGUCCAGAACCCACACAUAGAGAGACUGAGAACACACAGCAUUGAGUCAUCAGGAAAACUGAAGAUCUCCCCUGAACAACACUGGGAUUUCACUGCAGAGGACUUGAAAGACCUUGGAGAAAUUGGACGAGGAGCUUAUGGUUCUGUCAACAAAAUGGUCCACAAACCAAGUGGGCAGAUAAUGGCAGUUAAAAGAAUACGGUCAACUGUGGAUGAAAAAGAACAAAAACAACUUCUCAUGGAUUUGGAUGUAGUAAUGCGGAGUAGUGAUUGCCCAUACAUUGUUCAGUUCUAUGGUGCACUCUUCAGAGAGGGCGACUGUUGGAUCUGUAUGGAGCUCAUGUCUACCUCGUUCGAUAAGUUUUACAAAUAUGUAUAUAGUGUGUUAGAUGACGUUAUUCCGGAAGAGAUCUUAGGCAAAAUCACUUUAGCAACUGUGAAAGCACUAAACCACUUAAAAGAAAACUUGAAAAUUAUUCACAGAGAUAUCAAACCUUCCAAUAUUCUUCUGGACAGAAGUGGAAAUAUUAAGCUCUGUGAUUUCGGCAUCAGUGGACAGCUUGUGGACUCCAUUGCCAAGACAAGAGAUGCUGGGUGUAGGCCAUAUAUGGCACCUGAAAGAAUAGACCCAAGUGCGUCACGACAAGGAUAUGAUGUCCGCUCUGAUGUCUGGAGUUUGGGGAUCACAUUGUACGAGUUGGCCACAGGCCGAUUUCCUUAUCCAAAGUGGAAUAGUGUAUUUGAUCAGCUAACACAAGUGGUAAAAGGAGACCCUCCACAACUAAGUAAUUCUGAAGAAAGGGAGUUCUCCCCCAGUUUCAUCAACUUUGUCAACUUGUGCCUUACAAAGGACGAAUCCAAAAGGCCAAAGUAUAAAGAGCUUCUGAAACAUCCCUUUAUUUUGAUGUAUGAAGAACGUACUGUCGAGGUCGCAUGCUAUGUUUGUAAAAUCCUGGAUCAGAUGCCAGCUACUCCCAGCUCUCCCAUGUAUGUCGACUGAUACCGCUGCUACAUCAGACUUCAGAAAAAAGGGCUGAGAGGAAGCAAGACGUAAAGAGUUUUCAUCCUGUAUCACAGUGUUUUUAUUGCUCGCCCAGACACCAUGUGCAAUAAGAUUGGUGUUCGUUUCCAUCAUGUCUGUAUACUUCUGUCACCUAGAAUGUGCAUCCCUGUAAUUCCUGACUGAUCACAGUGUUAGUGCUGGUCAGAGACCUCAUCCUGCUCUUUUGUGAUGAACAUAUUCAUGACGUGUGGAAGUCAGUACGAUCAAGUUGUUGACUGUGAUUAGAUCACACCUUAAAUUCAUUUCUAGACUCGAAACCUGGAGACGCAGCUACUGGAAUGGUGUUUCGUCAGACUUCCAACGCCUGGAAGGACACAGUGAUGGAUGUACUGUCUGAACAUAGAGACUUGGGCUUGAGUGAGAAGAGCUUGCACAGCCAGUGAGACACAUUGCCUUCUGGAGCUGGGAGACAAAGGAGGGAUUUCCUUUUUUUCACCAAGUGCAAUAGAUUUCCUGAUCUGAUAUUCUGUUGCUUUACAGUCACAGUUGAUGUUUGGGGAUCAAUGUGCUCAG